AUGCCUGCUGCAACAUCUGCACGUAACCAGCCGCCGUUUGACGACCUGCACCACCUGAAGCUCCACAGCAACGACACGCUGCGAGAGGCCUUGUUUAUGCAGCUCUACGAUCCGACCACGUUCAAGAAGAGAAAGCUUCUUAGCUUUAGCCAGCAGGAGGGAUCGAUCACCUUCACCAUGUCAGCUGACGGGGAGGUCAGCGCCGACGUGGCCGACGACAACAAACUGCCAAAAGUAGAGUUUUGUUCUUUACUUCAACAUGCCGGAGCCACGAAAGAUGUUUUCACCAUGAAGGAGGUGAUGUUCUACCUGGGUCAGUACAUCAUCCAGAAGCAGCUGUACGACCAGAAGCAGCAGCACAUCGUCCACUGUUCCCAGGAUGCACUGGGGCGAGUCCUGGGGGUCAACAGCUUUUCCAUCAAAGAGCCUCGAGUUCUGUUUGCAAUGAUAACCAAGAACCUGGUGACUGUAAGAACCCAAGAGUCAACAGCAAACUCCAGUGAAGCUCACGGCAACAGCCAGCCAGACAGAGGAACAGAGGAGGCAGACACAGAAAGUCGCUGUUCAUCACCAGACAGGAGGAGGAGCUGCAGGAGCAGCAAUCCAGGUCUGUCUCACAGCCUGGAGGAGUCUGAUGAGGAGGAGGAGGAAAAAGGAGAAGGCAGGAAGAGGAGGAGGUCCGACAGCUACUCCCUAACAUUUGACAACAGCGUGUCCUGGUGUGUGAUUGGUGGACUGGUAGGAGGGCGGGACAGAGGCAGCAGCCAAUCAUCGGACUCCCACAGCACAUCGGGGAGGUCGGAGGUCACCGUCGCAGCUUCAGACUCCGACAGCGACAACUUCAGCGUCGAGUUUGAGGUCGAGUCGGUGGAUUCAGACGAUUACAACGAAGACGACGCUUCUCUGUCUGAAGACGAUCAGGUAAAAACUCAUAUUUAUCAGCAACAAAACCAAUUUAAAGACCAAAACCAACAGAGAAUGUCUGCUACAGAGAUAAAUUACUGUCAAAGUGCAACAUGUGGUCUAUUCCGCCACAGAAAAUAUUGUUUUGAUCAUAAACAACCCAACUGUCAGCUGUCAUCCUCCAUCGACUCCCAGGAGCUCCUCCCAUCCUCCUCUCCUGCUCCAUCGUCGGCCAAGUGGCGGCUGCCGGACUCGUGUCCGGACCCCUGCCUCAUCUGCCAGUCCCGACCCAAGAACGGCUGCAUCGUCCAUGGCCAGACCGGACACCUCAUGUCCUGCUACGUCUGCGCCAGGAAGCUGAAGAAGAGAGACAAGCUGUGUCCGGUCUGCAGGCUGCCCAUCCAGUCCGUGGUCCUCACCUACCUCAGCUGAGACCCCCGGUGGUCCUCAAGCCCCAGACAGCAGAUAAUGACGUUCUACACUCUAAAAAGUAAUUCUGUGGACCUUUGGUCAUAACUUAAAUAAAUAUAUUGUUGUGAAAUAAAAAUUCAAGUUCUGUAAUAAAGUUAGACUUUUUACU